GCUCUACGCGUCGCGUGACAUUGCUUAAUCGUCUCCUGAGAAUUGACCUCAUUGCUCCUCCUCCUAACUGUCUUCUUAACCCUACAACGCUUCCAGGCGCGACACAGCUCCGCCGCAACAAUGGUGAAGUGGAGUCGGCUAUUCAACUCUGAUGGCCAUGAUAGGCGACAUAGAAUACAAGACGAGUUGAGCUCGAUCCUUCCCACCUCCCGCCGCGAACAGGCGCCCACAUCGCCCAUCGACCCAGUAGAAGUCACCAAGGUAGCGCUACGCCUUAAACACCAAAUCGAGCAAGUCAUACCAUGCGAGCUGGAAGAAGAACAAGUCACCAAGGCACACAGCAGUAUCAUCACCAAUGCUGUGCUAGAGACGGCCAAACAGGCAGGCGCACCUGAACACAAUGCCUGUGUGGUAUUCUGCCUGCUGGUAGUAAAGAAGUGGUUCAAGAAGCAAGCCCUUGCGGAGCUCUGGGACUCGGACCUACACGAUGUGCGCGCCGUGGCCGCAGAGAUGAUGGCAAAGCGUCUCAUCGAGGCGGAAGAAGACAUGAACUACCUCUUCGAAGAGGUCCUGCUCAAGCGCUACUCUACCCUCGUAGAUGGAAACCCCACGGUGCCGACAAACGCGGUGGAGAAAGCCGUCGAUUUGCACGCGUUGACCGUGAUCGGGAGCUCAGGCUACCAGAAGUGCAUCAACUACCUCUGGCGCGGCUGGAUCGUCCAGGACGACGAUGAUCCGAGCCGCUUCGUGCCGUUUGAGAACAAGACGAAUACCGAUUUCUGGGCACAUCUGGAUCCGGAUCGUAUGCGCGUUCCCAGGUACCAGAACUGGGUCCAGAUCGCCAUGACUCUCAUCUUUCUAGGCCUCUACACCGGCGCUAUCAACACCAUUAAUCCUUCCGGAGACUUGGAUAUCGUCGAGGGUUUGCUGUACAUCUUCACCUUGGGAUUCAUAUGCGAUGAAGCCAAUAAGUUCUGGAAAGUCGGACGGUACUAUCUGAGUUUCUGGAACAUGUUCAACAGCACGUUGUACACGCUUCUCACGGUCUCUUUCGUUCUGCGCAUGGUUGCCUUUGGACACGCCCGCCAUCAUCAUAGGCGUGAUGAUCUCAACAAGCUAUCUUACGACUUCCUAGCCUUCACGGCGCCCAUGUUCUGGAUGCGGCUGCUGCUUUAUCUGGAUACUUUCCGUUUCUUCGGUGCCAUGCUGGUCGUCCUGAAGGUCAUGAUGCGCGAAUCGCUCAUCUUCUUUGCACUCUUGCUGGUUGUUAUGGUGGGCUUCUUCCAGGGUUUUGUUGGCUUGGAUCUCGCAGACAAUUCCCUCGACGAUACCUCCUUUGUCGUUCAGGCCAUGCUCAACGCUGUCAUGCAGUCCCCGGAAUUCGACGGAUUUGACAAUUUUUCACCUCCCUUUGGCAUCAUACUUUACUACGUUUUUACGUUUGUAGUCAUGGUUAUUCUGUUGAAUAUCUUGAUUGCACUAUACAAUUCGGCCUACGAAGAUAUUACGGAAAAUGCGAUCGAUGAAUACAUGGCCCUCUUUUCCCAGAAGACGAUGCAAUUCGUCCGCGCCCCCGACGAGAACGUCUUCAUCGCGCCAUUCAACCUUAUCGAGAUGUUUCUUCUCAUUUUGCCUUUUGAGUGGUGGAUGGAGGAGAAACGAUACGAUAAGAUCAAUGAUUGGGUCAUGGCGGUGAUUUAUAGCCCGUUGCUUAUCGUAACGGCAUUCCUCGAGCAGAAGGAGGCGUGGAGUGUUAAAGAGAAUAGGAGGCGCGGAGAGGAUGACGAGGAUAUUACGCAGGAGUGGGAACAGGUGCUUCAGGAGUGCGACUUUGAGGCCGAUGGGUGGGAUAAGAAGGUUCAGUCCAGUCGGCCAAAUGUCGAGUUCGAUACUACGGUGCUCGAAGUCCGACAGCUGAGGAAGGAAGUCGGAGAGCUCAAGACACUACUCCAGGGUCUGACGGAUAAGACCUGGGGUAGCGACACGCUAGGCGAGAGUGGAUUGGCGAAGAGUGGGCUAGCAAAGCUGGAUGCGGGAAACUUGGGUAUGGGAGAGAGCAGUGAGGCGGGUGGGCGGGAUGAGUAAGUCUGUGUCCCUUUGCCUGAGAUGGACAUGGGGCGCCGUGGUUGACGCAUUUCCAGGCGCAUGAGGAGUGAGUUUGGGGACACAAAUGGGAGUGAGUGGCAUUCUGAUUGAGCAGUUUCCUGCUU